UUUGAAAUAUGGUGUCAGCACUCAAAUAAUAAAUUUUAAUGGUUGAUUCUAAUACUGCUAAAAAGAGCAAAAGAGUAUCGUUGAGUCCGAUAUCUGUCGAAUUUUUAAAGUCACGUUCAAACUAUUUCGACAGGUGAUGUAGAGAUCGCAGAGUACGAGUAACAAAUAUGAAAACCAACGAUCUCAAUGUUGCACACACGUGUCGUCGUUGUCAAGUAGCGAUUGGCCAUUUCAAAACGCGCCAUUUUAGUUCUACAAUUGACCCGCUAUAAAAAGCCGAUGUACUCGCCAGUUCAUGUCGCAGAUUAUUCUGAUCUUGAAACAGUUUGCACUCGCUGAAAAUCUCAUCAUGAGUUUCAAGGUAUUGAGCAUCUUGGCGUUGGUCGUCCUGGUUUGCGUCCUCACGACGACAGCCGAUCCAGCAGCACCGGAGGAACAAGCUACGGAAAUCGCCCACCAGCACAAGAAAUCGGAACGCGGAUGGAAGAAGAAGCAUGCGGCUGUUGAGAGGCACAACUUUACCCGAACUCAUUACCACCACGCCAGGAAGAUGAAGGAAGAAAAUGAAUCCGUGAAGGAAACGGUGAAAACCAAAAGAGACGCCGAAGACAAAGUCUUUCCGUUCAAUUUCGGCAAGUGGUGGAAAAACUUUAAACCCGCCAUCAAGGUAGCAGCUCCUGCAGCUCCCGUUCCGGCCGAGGAACUUUCGACCCAGGAAGACCUCGAGUCUGUUGUAGUGGAGGUGGGUGAUCCCGAUUCUCCUGCUGAGGAAGUCGAACUGGCUCCCGUUCCGCCUCCUCGACCUUGGUCUCGACCUUGGUGGUGGUUUUGAACCGGAUAAGAUGGUGGAAUGACGAGGCCGCUAUCGCAGUCGAGGAGCCAAUUGCAAUCACCGUCGAAUCAUUUUUGUAAUCAACAGUAUUCGAUGGUCGACUGAGUUAUGCGUUUCAUUUCGUUUGUUAUGAUUUUGAUAGCCAUCUGUGUAGGCCUACUACUUGCUUCUCUCAAUAUAUAAUCAAUUGCAUCAGA